GUAUAUUUUAUCGGCCUGGACGCGGUCACACUGGUAAUUUAUGUGUGCAAGUGGUGGCGCUGAAUUAUAGAAUUUCCGCAAUAAAUUUUGUGCAAUUCGAGACACGUUUCGUGGCAAAUUUGACGGCAGCGUAUAGCCCAGGAUUCUCGAUGUCAAUAUGAAGCGCCAAAAAUGAUUGCAGCGUUUGCAUAGUAUAAUCUUCAAACGGUUUUUUUUCAUUGAUUUAACUUAAAACGGUCGACCAGCCAUCAGUAAGAGCAGUGAAAGGGCUCUAUUCCUCACAAGCCUGCGCUUUGCUCACGGUAAACCACUGACAAAGAAUUAAGAGGAGCCAAAAGUACGGGAGUUUAAUAAAGAUACACCUCGACGACCGAAGAGUAGGGGACACAUCAGACAUCAGGAACAGUGACAGCGCGAGAUGGACAAAAAUCUAAUGAUGCCGAAGCGUUCGCGCAUCGAUGUGAAGGGAAGCUUUGCCAACGGCCCGCUUCAGGCCCGGCCAUUGGUGGCCCUCCUCGAUGGACGCGAUUGCUCCAUCGAAAUGCCCAUCCUUAAGGAUGUGGCCACGGUGGCCUUUUGCGAUGCACAGAGCACCUCCGAAAUACACGAAAAGGUACUCAACGAGGCAGUGGGAGCACUAAUGUGGCACACCAUUAUCUUGACAAAGGAGGAUCUGGAGAAGUUUAAAGCUUUACGCAUCAUCGUGCGCAUCGGCAGCGGCACAGACAACAUCGAUGUGAAGGCGGCGGGUGAACUGGGCAUUGCCGUUUGCAACGUUCCCGGUUAUGGAGUUGAAGAGGUGGCGGACACGACGAUGUGCUUGAUCCUCAACCUCUACAGACGGACAUACUGGUUGGCGAAUAUGGUGCGCGAAGGCAAAAAGUUCACCGGACCCGAGCAAGUGCGGGAGGCAGCGCAUGGCUGCGCACGCAUCCGCGGUGACACAUUGGGCUUGGUGGGACUUGGUCGCAUCGGCAGCGCCGUCGCCCUGCGCGCCAAGGCAUUCGGCUUUAAUGUCAUCUUUUAUGAUCCCUACCUGCCCGAUGGCAUCGACAAGUCGCUUGGCCUCACACGCGUCUACACGCUACAGGAUCUGCUUUUCCAGUCAGACUGCGUUUCUCUGCAUUGUACGCUAAACGAGCACAACCAUCAUUUAAUCAAUGAGUUCACAAUUAAACAGAUGCGACCUGGUGCAUUUCUGGUGAACACCGCCCGGGGCGGUCUGGUCGAUGACGAGACUCUGGCGUUGGCGCUGAAACAAGGACGGAUAAGGGCAGCCGCAUUGGAUGUGCACGAAAACGAACCUUACAAUGGCGCACUGAAGGAUGCCCCCAAUCUGAUCUGUACACCGCAUGCCGCUUUCUUCAGCGAUGCGUCCGCCACGGAGCUGCGCGAAAUGGCGGCCACCGAGAUCCGUCGAGCGAUCGUCGGCAAUAUUCCAGACGUCCUGAGGAACUGCGUCAACAAGGAGUACUUCAUGCGCACGCCGCCGACCGCUGCCGCCGGUGGCGUGGCGGCGGCUGUUUAUCCCGAAGGUAAACUACAAAUGAUAUCAAAUCAAGAAAAGUAGACAGAGAGAGAAACAGAGAGACAGGCGAGCAAGAAGGGAGCGUUAUAACAAGAAAAACAAAAUAGAAACAAAACAAAACAAUUAAAAAACAAAAGAAAUCAACCAACAAAACCGAGCAAAAACCAUUUAAUACAAUACCAGAAAUCGUUUAAACCACACACACAUUACUUUAUAAACUACACACUCACACAUACACCAUACCAUACCUACACACGCACACAAACAUACUUCUAUUCUUUCUCAGACUUAUUCAAAAGUAUAUAUAUAUAUAUAGGCGGGCGCAGAGAUGCGCUUCAGAGAAGAAAGUAUAACAUUUAAAGCAAGAUUCAAGAGCACACACGCUAUAAGAGUUGAUAUAUAAGUUUAAGCUACACACAGAUCCAUAUAUAUAUAUAUGUAUAGAUAUAUACAUAUGUAUAUAUAUAUGAAAUGUUUGACGUCGAUGAGAGGAGGAUUACAGCACAGCCGGCGUUACGGUAAAAGAGUUACGUAUGUGUGUAUGUAUGUAUAUGCAUUGUUUUGGCAAAACACUUUCGAAAAUACAUUUAUUUGUCCCAUGCGUACUAUUUGAAAUUCCCAUUUCGGCCUGCCACUUUGUGAAAAUCAAUUUAAGAUAUCACGAUAAGCAUUUAAAUUCCUUGAUUUAAAAAGAAAGAAAAAAAAAAUAAGCGCGAACGCAUAAAUAGAGUGACAUUAUAUACAUACAUAUAAAUAAAUAAGUUUAAAGAUUAUUUACAAAUCAAAAACAAGGUGAAAGUAAACAAUAUGAUGGAUUAUUGUUGUUAAUGUUUCGCGAAACUCCCCUAUUUGGCACCUCUUCUUCCAUGCCCCGCACAUGUAUCCGCCUUGAAACAGAAACUAGAAGAAACAAUCGGCGGAAAGUAUGUAAAGUAAUUAUGUUCAGUGUAGUCCUCAUAUUUAGCCACGUAUUCAUUGUGUAUUUAAAAAUGAUUAUCAUUAUUAUUAUUAUAAACGUGAAACCAACCAUACCAAUAAUUCCAAAAUGGGUAACUCCCGAAUCGUCGAAACAUACUUUUUGAGCUUAAGAAAAUUCUUUAUAUUAUGUUGCGCCAUUUAUUGCUGACUAACGAUUGUAAAAUGAUUCGAAUAAGAGAACAUAUAAGAAGCCCCAGAGAAAUUAUUAUUUGGCUGCUCAACGCUCUGCUCUGUAUUACAAAAUGAUCUCAUCAUCCACGUUUAUUUUCGCCUUACGUAUGUAAUUCUUGUAUUUUCGAUUGGCUAAAUCAAGCGGCAGAGAAGUGAACAAUGACUUUAUGUGCAAAGUAUAGAUAUGAUAACACACACGGCGCGUCGGAUUCAACUACCAUCUAUCCAGAAACAGAAACAAGCAGAAAACUACAGUUAAAUUAACGCAUAGUCUAUGUACAUUUUAAAAUAUAUAAAUGAAAUUAUAUUAAAGCAAAAACCAGCUAAACAAAUCGAAAAAAUAAACAAAACCGAAAAGAAAAGAAAAGAACAGAAAAAAAAGAAAUGAUAAUACAUGUAAUAUUAAUGAACUUAGAUUUAGACCUUAACGAUAAAGGCAGCUGGGCGACGACGAUGAUGAUAUAGCGAGCAUAUAUGAUCAUCAUCAUCAGCGAGUGGUACAUUAAACAUUGUUAGCGUGUAAAUUGUAAUUUUAUUUACCGAAAAUAUAUAUAUAUUUACAUACACAUAGAAACACAGACGAGCGACAAAAAUUAUAAGACUAUAAUUUUGUACAAUUUUGCAAUUUAAGUUUAAUUACUAAAAGCUUCAAGCGGAAUCGUCUCCAAUGUCUGGUUGCAUUCUUACUUCUCUAAUUUUCUUAAAUAUUCAUAAUCUUAUCCGAUAAUGUUCAAGAACACACCUCUCUUCCCAAUUCAUCGGGUGAAUAGAUUGCCCAAGUCUUAAAUUCCUUUUCAAGCUUUAUUCUAUUUUAUUUUAUUUUUUUGUAUUUGGUUGUUUUUUAUAAGUUCCAAAAAUUGUGUAUUAUUUAAAACAUUUACAAGCACAAAACAUACACGCAUAUAAAGCACACUAAAAAAGAAAAAGAAAACAGACACAAAAUACAGAAGCUGUAUACACUCACACAUCAAACGCACACACACACACACACACAUCCUAUAUAGCAAGCUGCAACAACAAAUGAGCAAAGUAAAACAUAAAUAAGCAUAAGUCUAAAAGUAAACGUAAUGAGACAAAGGAAUAAAAUACUGUUAUUUUGUAAUGUA